AAACGUGUUUGGCUGGAAACCAAACAAGAAUGGCCGUAUCUUCUCAUUGGAUACAUUGGAAGUACAAUAGAAGGCCUUCAAUCUCCACUUCAAGGGUUUGUCAUUGGAAAAGUGGUUGCAGGCUAUGCUUUGCCCACAUCUGACCAAAUUACUGCUUCUACAAACUUUUGGUCACUUGCAAUGAUCAUUAUUGGCAUGUGCUCUCUGGUGGCAGCUGUAAUGAAUGCAGUAGGAUUUGGAUACGCUGCAUCGCGCAAUAUGUACAAGCUUCGCGAAAAGAUCUUUCAACAUGUAGUAUAUCAAGACAUGGAAUUUUUUGGUGAUCCAAUGUAUACGCCGACAAAUUUGGAGCUUGUUUUGGCAGAUUCGACCGAGAAAAUUGGGACUGUUUCUGGAAACUUGUUGGCUGAUAUUCUAAGAAGUGUAGUGAAUUUAACAGUUGGAAUUUACAUUGGAGUCUCAAACUCGUGGAUGAUGGCAGUGCUGAUGGUUCUUCCAUUUCCAGUGAUUUUAUUGAUUGGUGCCGGGUUGGCUCGCAUUUCUGCCAGGCAAAAAUAUCAAAUGCUGCAGGAAAAUAGUGCCAAGUUUACGUCUCAAAUGAUUACCAAACUUCAAACUAUUUCUUUGUUGGCAAAAGAGCGUCACUUUAGCAUUCGCUAUAGCGCUCUCUUGCGUGAAUUUACCACAAUCAACACCAAGCACCAGUUUGUAGUUUCUCUCAGCCAAGGUGUACUUGAAUCCAUGAUUAUUCUUGUUUUCAGUUUGGGACUUUUUGCUGGAGGUAAUCUGAUGUUGUGGGGAUGGGUCACAAACGAGCGUGUACUUGUAUCGCUAGUGACUUUGACACUCACUGCCGCAAGUAUCAAUCAGCUUUCAGCAAGUAUUUCCUACGCCUUGGGACCUGCAUCUGUUGCAGUACACGGUGUUUUUGAUAUUUUGGAUCGCAAGCCAGUCAUUACUAUUGGAAAUAUGGAUACCAUGCUCCAAUCGCGUGAUGCUAUCACUGAUAAAGACCCAUUCACGGGAAUAGAACUUGAUAAUGUAACAUUUUCUUAUCCAAGUUAUAAAAGCAGUCAUUCAUCCAUUACCCCUGUGCUUUCACAAAUCAGUAUCACUAUCGAACCUGGACACAAAGUUGCAUUGGUAGGACCGACAGGAAGUGGCAAAUCAUCUGUUCUUGCACUUGUUCAACGUCUUUACGAUCCUCAACACGGAACGAUUAAAUUGAACAAUCAAUCGCUCCAAUCAUGGGAUUUAGCAUUGCUCAAAAGCCAUAUUGGUGUUGUUCCUCAAUUUCCUGAUAUGUUUGACGCCUCUGUAAGACAUAAUAUUGCAUACGGGUGUUCUGGAGCUACAAUCGAGACAAUUGAACAUGCUGCCAAGCUUGCAAAUGCUCACGAGUUUAUCCUAGCCUUGCCAAAUGGGUAUGAGACUUGCGUCGGUGAACGAGCUAAUUUACUAUCUGGAGGUCAGCGACAAAGACUGGCUAUUGCCCGUAUAUAUCUUAUGCAGCCAUCAUUGAUCAUUUUGGAUGAGGCAACCAGUGCAUUGGAUGCAGAAAACGAAGCAGCGGUGAUUGGAGCAUUGGAAACCUAUUCCAGAGAUUCAGGAAAGGGGUUAUUGGUUGUCACACAUCGUCUAGAUACAAUCAAAGAUGCUACGUGCAUUCAUGUCUUGGAUCAUGGCCAUAUUGUCUCGUCAGGAACACACGAAACGCUUUUACAACAGUCUGAUUUGUACGUAAAGUUAGUUUCUAAAUCUGAUUCUAAAUAACUGUUUGAUAUGCGGGGUUCAAGCACCAUCUAUUCAUUCGGAUUUAAAUAUGAACAGUGUGUUUGAGAAAUUCACUUUCCAGUCAAAAUACAUGCUUUUAUUGAUAAAACAAUCCAUAUCUUUGUUGUUGGGUUGAAAGUAUUGUCCAAAACAUGUACAAUCUUACAAAUGAAUUUCUGGAAUUUCAUGCAC